CGCCCCCGCCCUAACCCAGCACGCAGUCAACAAGCACGACAAUAUGAAGCUUUCGGAUUGUUUCCCCAACUAUGUUGAACAGGGAAAGAAAUAGAGAGGGCGUGAUCGAUAUAUAUAUAUAUAUAUCUUGAGGCUAUAUAAAAUACUCGUGACGAGAUAUCACAUCCACGGGGAUGCGAGGUAGUUGGGCGUACUGGAGCGAGACACUGGGGGAGAGAGAUGACGAUUCAACGAUUCAAUUGCAUUUCAAUUUUUGCUCCUUGGCGAGCGCCAGCGAUGGAGUUUGCUGAGGAGUUUAUCAGCCUGGCUUCAUAUAUAUAUAUACUUUUUGGCAAGAAAUCCACGAUUGAAGGACUUUAUUCGGACUGAAGGUUCGGCAGUAUUCUCUGACUGGAGGCUACGAUCACUUCUUCUAUGGAGUACAAUCCACAGUCAUACAACCCAUGGUACAAUGGUAUACAUAGAGUACUCCACCUCCCAGUCAUGGCCCUUGAACUGUGUAACCAUACCCCUUACAUGUCCAACUCGACUCAUCAGUCAACAAGAUGCGGAAAACACGUCCCGAAAACCAGAAGAAAGUGUCAGAGAGCAUGCCAACAUGACCAAGCCGAACCCUCAGACUCAUCGCGGCAUCAAGUCCCGCCACUCCCAGAUGAUGGCCAUCGGUGGAACGAUCGGUACCGGUCUGUUUGUGGGUGUCGGGGAAGCACUUGCAGUCGGCGGUCCUCUGUCGGUACUGCUGGGCUAUCUCAUAAUGUGCCUGUUGGUAUACAGCAUUCUGACGGCAACAUGCGAGAUAAAUGCAUACCUCCCCAUCUCCGGGUGUUCAAUGGCCUACUACGGCACGCGCUUUGUGUCGCCUAGUCUCGGCUGUGCAAUGGGAUAUCUCUACUGGGUUGCAUUUGGUGUCAUUGUCGGCUACGAGAUCACCGCCGCGUCCGUUGUGAUUCACUACUGGCCCAACGAGAUCCCGAUCGCGGCGUUAGUCACCGUCAUGCUGGCUGUCGUGGUCUUGUUGAAUCUCCUGCCUGUUCGUGUCUAUGGCGAGGCGGAGUUCUGGUUUGCAUCUCUCAAAGUCUUCAUGAUUCUCGGCCUCCUCAUUUUAUCAGUCGUCUUGUUCUUCGGGGGUGGACCGGAUCAUAAACGACUCGGCUUUCACUAUUGGAAAGAUCCUGGCGCCAUCAAUGCGUACCUGGUACAAGGCGAUUCUGGCCGCUUCUGCGCUUUCCUCUACGUCCUUUGCUAUUCAGCUUUUGCGUUCAACUUCGCCCCGGAAUUGCUUGUCAUCGCGUCUGCAGAGAUGCAGAAUCCCCGUCAGAAUCUUCCCAGAACAGCCAAGAUGUUCUUCUACCGCUUGCUUGUCUUCUACAUCGGCUCUGUUCUUGCUGUCGGGGUCAUCUGCCCGAGCAACGCGCCUGGGUUAACCAACGGUUCAGGGGUCGCAGCGUCUCCUUUUGUCAUUGCUAUCAAAAGCGCUGGGAUCCACGGCCUCGACAGCGUCAUCAAUGCAGUCAUCAUCACCUCCGCCUGGUCAGCUGGCAAUUCAUCGCUCUACAUGUCUAGUCGGUCGCUGUACUCGCUCGCCGUAGCUGGUGGAGCCCCUUCAAUCUUCACACGGUGCAAUCGUCACGGUGUUCCAGUCUAUGCAGUGCUGUCGAGUUCGGUCUUUGCGUUGCUUGCGUAUAUGAACUGCAGUGCCGGUACGAGCACCGUCUUCAACUGGCUAGUCAGCCUGACGAAUACGGCGGGCUUCAUCUCGUGGACCUGUUGCUGCGUCAUCUUUCAUCGGUUUCGCAAAGCAUGUCGUGUCCAGUCUGUAACUGUCGACAGUUUACCGUACCAUUCGAGAUUGCAGCCUUAUCUCGCCUGGCUGGCUACGGUUGCUUUCCCGGUGUUGUUGCUCUGUAAUGGAUUCCAUGUCUUCUUCCCGGGAAACUGGUCCGUCUCAUCUUUCUUAACCGCGUACGUCGGUUUGGUCAUCUUUAUAUUUGUUUAUCUCGUGCAUCGUGUACUGCACUGGAGUGAUCCCUGGCUGUAUUCCCCGCACCAGGUAGAUUUGACAUCCGGUUUGGAUGAGUUUGAUGGGAUGGAGGAGCAGUACAAUGAGCAUGAGAAGCAAAAGAGCUCGAAUGCCUUUCAGGUAUUGUGGGAGUGAUUGAUAUUCAAUUAUAUAAAUCUUGCCCAGUAAUAUAUAUGUACCUUAUAGUCAUCCAAAC